AUGAUGCGCCGAGGACAACGCUUGGCGCUUGCCAUCUGCGACUUCUUAAACACCUCGCUGACCGACGGCAGCCUCUCCGCCGAGGACAAGGACAGCAUCGAAAUCGCCGUGAACUGCAUCGCCGACAGCUUCAAGGUUGACCCCACCGACUCCGCCGCCCUCUCUGCCGCCGUCGGCACCCAGAACCUGCUGCAGAUCUACGGCGUCUACGAGAAGCUGAAGACGAGCUCCGCCUCCGCUUCCGCCGCCGGGAACAGCAACCCGCCUCUAUCGCCGUCAGCGGCAUCCGCAAAGAACCCUCCCCCCGCGGCUGGCGCGAGCGCCGACCCCAGCAGCACCACCGCCAGGCCGCCCACCGACGAGGAGAAGGCCCAGGCCGAGGACCUCAAGUCCCAGGGCAACCGCGCGAUGGCGGCUAAGGACUACGCCGUUGCUAUCGACAUGUACACGCGCGCGCUGGGGCUGAACCCUACUAACGCCGUGUACCUGUCGAACCGGGCGGCGGCGCACAGCGCGGCGCGCGACCACGCGAGCGCCCGCGCCGACGCCGAGGUCGCCGUCGGCCUCGACCCGACCUACACCAAGGCCUGGUCGCGCCUCGGCCUCGCCCGCUUCGCCCUCGGCGACCCCCGCGGCAGCAUGGAGGCCUACCGCCUCGGCAUCGAGCACGAGGGCAACGGCGGCAGCGACGCCAUGAAGAAGGGCUUCGAGACGGCCCGCCGCCGCGUCGAGGAGCUCGAGGCCGACGCGCUCGACGCCGGGCCCCGCGCCGCCGCCGCCGCCGCCUCCGCCGGUCCCGACCUGAGCAGCCUCGCGAGCCUGCUCGGCGGCCUGGGGGGAGGAGCCGGGGCCGGUGCGGGGGCCGGGGCCGACCGAGGAGCAGCCGGCGGCCCCGGCGGCUUCCCGGACCUGGGCUCCAUCAUGAACAACCCCAUGUUCGCGAGCAUGGCGCAGAGCCUGAUGUCGAACCCGGAGAUGAUGCAGAACCUGAUGAGCAACCCGCGGCUGCGCGAGAUGGCCGACCGCUUCAGCAGCGGCGGCGGCAUGCCCGACCUGAGCUCCCUCAUGAGCGACCCCAGCAUCGCCGACAUGGCCCGGAACAUGAUGGGCGGCGGCGGCGGCGGCGGCGGCGGGAACGACAGCAACAACAACAACAACAACUCGGGCAGCGGCGGCCGGUGA